CUUGCGGCUCUUUUCGCUUUAAAUACACUGAACACGAUGGAUGAAGGCACGGCCAGCGAGACCAUCCCAGAUCUGAAAGACAUAGAGGUGAAAAUCGGCCGGAAGACCCCCGAGGGUUUGCUCAGGUGGAUGCGGGAAGAGGCGUCCUCUCUCCGGGGAGACGCCAAGCUGACCACCGCGCACGACACCUGUAAGGACACGGGGAAGAAGAGUUUGGAUGAAAAGAUCAAGAAAUUGAAGAUGGAGAUGGCUCACUUGCGUUCUGUGGACGUCAAGAUCUUGCAGCAGUUGCUGGCGGUCCAUGAAGGCAUUGAGGCAGUGAAAUGGUUGCUGGAGGAGCGCAGCACACUGACGAGCCACUGCAGCAGCCUAACCAGCAGCCAGUACAGCCUGGGCGAGGGCCCCGACACCUCCUGGAGAGGCUCCUGGAGCAGCCUGCAGGACCCCAAUGACAAGCUGGACAACAUCUCCAUCGGCAGCUACCUGGACACCCUGGCAGAUGACAUGGAUGAGUACUGCCCCUCCAGCUCAGAGUCAGUCAUCUGCUCCACCACGCCGCUGGUCUCAGAGGCUACCGCUGGGGGCCGGACAGGGGGAGGCCCUGGGGUCACGGUCACAGGAGCUGGGGUAGGGGUGAGGUCUGGAACUGGGUCUGGAAGUGGGAUUCGUGCUGGGCCAAAUGAAAAUGGACCUGGGGUUGGAAAUGGGAUGGAGGUGAAAGGUGGAACAGGGACAGGGGGUACCAGUGCUAUUACUGGGACUGGGAAACCAGCUGUUCCUGUCAGCUCUCCCCAAGCCAAGUCUGAAGGCCCCAAGCAAGACGCUCCGGUCUGGACGAAGGCUUCAGAGAGGGGUAAAGGAAGUCCCGUUUCUGAGGACAAUACCCAGACACAAGCCAUCAAGGCUAAUGGUGUCCUGGAGAAAGCAAUGACACAAACAGGCAGCCCAACCCGCCUCAGCCUCAAUGAGAAACUGGGAACCGGCCAGAGCCCCAAACUCAGACCUUACAAAAAUGGAAAGAUCGACUUGGAUACUUGCAAAAUGAACGGAAAAAUGCAUCUGGAGUAUGACGCGCACUGGCGAUGGGUGCAGUCGCAAGAAGAUGUGACGUUUUUGUAAGGAGGAUAAUAACAGAGGGGACUAAAGCCACUAUUGAACACUCCCUCUGUAACAUCAAAGACCAGAUCACUGAAGGAUAGAAGAAGAGUGAGCUGCUGGUCUGACAUGCACAUAGUGAAGCUUUCCUUGUUGGAAGACACUGGGUUUGAAAUACUAAGAAUAACUUUGUUUCUGUCCUGUUGUUCCCUCCUGUGACUGCACUAACUUUUUCUAUAAAACAUUGAUGUCAGUAUUAAGAUGGAUGCACAUUUCAGGAUUUUGACCCUUUUUAGCCAAACUGGGCUGCCUCACACAAAUCAAUUUUAAAAUCCUGUGUCUCAGGGUCUUUCUUUCUAUUCCCUGAUUUCUUUUCUUUUCUUUUCUUUUCUUUUCUUUUCUUAAGCACAGUGAGACGAUCUGAUGGAGAGCUGAACAUGAUUUCAGAUUGCUUGACAUGCUACAUUAACCAAUGUAAAUUAUUAUAAUUUUAAAUUAUAAUUUUACUUUUUUAAGCAAAAAUAAAUUCCCAUUAGAUCAGUUUCUCUUAUUACACUCAGUCUAUAAUUAAAACCCCAGGGGCACAACAAAGAUCUCCCCGUAAAGAAUAUUGUUCUGGGGUCUCCUAAAUUACUUCAUACGCCCUGUAAUGGACCUUUAAGGCCACUACAAAUAGCACUGAUAGAGCCGAUUGUACUGCAUUUAAGUUAGUAGAAGACCAAAGUGUUCCCCUAUCAAACCAUCAUGUUUGAGUCACAAAUUAAAUUUAUUAUAUGAAACCUUUGUCUAAGACACUAUAACUGAACACUUAAUGGUUAUAGACAGUAUUACUUGAUAAAGUAUUAGCAAAACAUAAUAUUAAUGACCUUUUGAUAAAAUAUGUGUGUGUUUCUCCCCCGAACACGUAGCUGCCUGAACAAAACAAAUAGAAGAUGUUAAAAUAGAAGACAGAGCACUGAGGUUAGUAAAAGUUUCCCUCAUCGAAAAAUAACGUACCCACUGUUAGCAUUUGUGUCAUUGUGGAGCUAAAUACCUUCAGUGCUUAACCAACCAUCUGCAAUCUUGUAUAUUCACUGAAUCGCAAUACAGCUACAGUGUGCAUCAGGUAGCAGUCGUGGCUGGUUGUAGGCAAAUACUGAAUAUGGCUGAAUAUUAUUUUUUUCUUUUAACCGUUAUGGUACCCCGUGUACGUUUUUACUAAGCAGAUGUUGUGCCUGAUUGGUGUAAACCUUAACUACAUAUGCCUGUACUUUUCCCUUUUGAGAUGACUGCACUGCUGUUUUGAUAAUCUGAGUCUUUUGACUCUCUUGCUUGCGUAUACAAAUGACUAGACCAACCAGUUUGUGUGCUCUCGCUAUGUAAGUGUUGACUGGCAAAUGUAUUAUGUUGGCUGGGUGGAUAUUGCAUGCCCUGUGCUGAGAGCUUUAUUGGUUAAAUCACGAGAAAUGUGUUGAAGACCUAAAACAAUCAGAAAAGAAAAGCAAUAUUUCUUGAAGCCUUUUUUGUGGCUUACAUAAGCAGCCUGGAGUUUCCAAGACUACUGACAAGAAAGGGUGUGUGUGUGUGUGUGUGUGUGUGUUGGUGUGUGUGUGUGUUUGUGAGAGAGAAAGAGAGAGAGAGAGAGAGAGAGAGAGAGAGAGAGAGAGAGAGAGAGAGAGAGAGAUGCUGACUUCCUGCCUAAGCACAGCUGGCCUGUCAGGUUCAGAUAAGAAUAGAUGAGUCCCAAAGGUUUUUAACCAUUUUCAGCUCAUUCAUCACAGCGUUACUUGUGCUCCUACCGGUCUGCAGUUAGUCAUGUUGAUGCUGCAGGGGUAGAGCGACACAUUUGAUAAACGAAUGGGGAACCUGUUACACAAUCGGUACACAACUUUGUAUGCUACAGUCAAAAAAAAGCUCCUCUCUUACCCUCUCUCCUACCUUAUAUGACCUUUUGAGAAACUGAUAAUGAGGAGUGAGUUUACAAUAAUGGAAUGAUGGAAUAAACACAAUGUAUGAUCCAGCCCUUACAUUUUUAGACUUCAACAUGUGGAGAAAUCCAAAGCUUGACAGGUCUGUCGUGUUUUAGUCCGGGAAAAGGGUUUAGCAAACUCAAUUUCAAUUUUAUUUGUAAGGGACAGUGUGCACUUUAAACAUAAAUGUAAUCAUUUAAUGCAUUGCACCAGAGUUAGCCUUAGGGUAAUUUGCAUCUGUAGUCCCAUUGUUACUCUGAUCUUGCUAUUUCACUCCAUGUAAAGAGUAAACUGCUUGUUAAUUGCUUGCAUUAAUAUGCAGUGCAACUAGUUGUUUUAACGUGUUGAGUCAUAGUUAGUCUCGCAUUGCCAGCCCUAUCUCCACAGCGCUGCGGAGGAAGGUUGGCUAGUCCACACAGCAUUCCGGGAUGCU